AUGGGAGCUGUUCUGUCUUCCGGGAAGACCAAGGGUCAACGCGAAAGAGAGAAGUGGAGAAGACAUGUCGCAAGACAAUAUGAUGGCGGACACCACAAAACAGCAGGCAUUCGGUACCGACGCCCGUAUCUCGCACCGGAAAGGAUUGAAGAUCGCAUGGCGGAGCUGGAGAAAGUUGAGGGCCAAGAGAAGAAGCUGCGAUACAUGAACAUAUACGGAGAAAACGACCACGAGAAAUACCCCGACCUGGACACCUACUAUAGCACAACGAAGGAUAUACCGCGUCGACUGGUGGUGCAAGCCACCCCCGAAGCUCAGAAAGACACCCGAGAUCGUCAUUGGGGUCACAGCAAGAUCAAUGGAAACAUUCCAUUCGUCGUCCGACUUGCCGAGUUUUGCCUGAACCCAUUUCGAUUUGAACGAUAUGAUGGUGGAUUCGUGGAUGAAGAUGAUGAGAAGGCCGAGGAGAUCCGUCGGAAGAAAAUGAGCGUUGGGUGUAGAAUCGUGCAGACCACGGUGCAUCUCAUAGCCUCGACAAUUUGCACCUUGGCUUUUGCCUGGAUCAUCCAACUCAUGUUAUCUUUCCAGGUCAUCACCGCGCCCUGGAAUGAUUCUGGUGCUGCUGACUCUUAUGAUUUUUAUGAGAAUGUGCACUGGGAAUGGCCGCGACAUGCUGUCAAUAUGUUGGACCAGUCGCCAGAGAAUACGAAGCCUCAAACGACCGUCACAAAGCUUAUGAUUCCUCGCCGGCUCGUUGUCAAGGAUGAGUCAACUGGCAAAUGGGUGGUGAGGAAGACAGACAAUCUUCGCGACAAACAUACUGGUAUGCUACAACCAUACGUAUUCCUGAGUUUCUCACGCGCGAACUUUCCUAAAGUUCGCGAUGAGGAACUAAGACCAUUCUUCUAUCGCGUGGCCGAAGGUGUUUUGAAAUACGAAAACGAGCUCCGUGACGCCAGGGAUCCUCCAGUGGAAGCCUUUUGGGUUGAUAUGGACUGUGUUGCAUCUGAACCUCCCACCGUUGUUCAGAAUGGCGUGAAGAGAAAUAUCAUCAUCAGCCCCGACUCCGAGAUGACCAAGGAUAUCAACUCGAUUUGCGACGCGGUGCGCUGUGCAAAGCGGGUAUAUGUGGUCCUACCCAGUGACGACUCGGAGAGCAAGAGGACUUGGGGUCAACGGAUCUGGACACUGCCAGAGGUAUUGCUUGCUGCGGAGAAAACUCGAUACUGCAUCUCCCCAUUCACAGCCACGCCGGAAGAUCAUGAAAUGCAGAUCAACAAUGUGUUGUUGACCGACAUGUACCACAGCUUCUGGGCGGGUCAUCCGUCUCGUUAUCACUUGACUGGUCAUGAGGAAGACCACGAAGAUGCAAUCACCCACCUCGUCAAUCAUUAUACCAACAAGACUAAGUUGAGUGAGCUUCAACUUUUCACAUUCGCAAUUCAGGCUCUGGCUCAGCUCACGUCUGGUUCUGGUACCAGAGGCGAAAGCACAGUGGAGCUGGCAUAUGCCGCGAUGGGGCUGCUGGCAUACCGACUCACCCCCGAUAUCGAUGAAGAUGUUUUCCAGGCCGUGGCACGACUUUCACUUGUGAACGAUAGCAAUCAACUCCUCGAGCGCCUGCUCUGUCUGUGGCCGGGAUAUGGUGAUCCAGAGGAACAGCGACAACUCCAGGCCGCCGGAGGCUAUAAAUUGGCGAGCAGCGACAAGCUCUUGCGGAAUAUCGCUGACCGCGACCAGUACUCCGUUCAUCUUUGGGACAUCAAUCCACUCUGUGAUGUCGUUGGUAUUGGCAACGACCCAUUCACGCCCACCGUCAUCACCGACCGCUGUCGUGGAAUCCCAAUCCGAUGGAAGAAAUUUCCUAGAAUGCGAUACGCACAGGACCUAGCCAGUUUCCGCACAACCUUAUCACAGACAGUCGUGUAUGUCGGCGCAUGGUUCUUCCUAACCGCCCUCGGUCUCUUGUCGACGGCCGUGUCCUUCGCAAUGGCCAACAACACGAGCUCCUCUCGGGAUCUCAAGAUCAGCGUCGGCUCCUAUCUGUAUGGUACGGCGAUAUACGUCGGGGUCGGAUGGGCAAUCUCCUGGUUCAGCCCGCUGGCAGUACGUCAGCUUUGCCACGGCGGAUCAUCUCGAGUCGCCUGCCAUCUCGUUGGGUUUGAAGGGACGAUGACUCUUCGAGAAAUAGAGAAGGAGAUAUAUGGUAAUUAUAAUGCUCGUCUCUCGUAUGCGGCCUCUUCGUCGAUAUUUUCGAAGAGCCUUCGGCAUCGGAGUCUGCGGGUUGGUAUUGAGCCUCGAGAUGAAGACGGUGAGCCCAUGGGCUCGCAUUACUGGAAAGAACAGAGGACGAAGCUUAACAUCCCCAAGUCGCAUCGUCUGUUCACCAUUGUCGAUACAGGAGACAUGACAGUGACGGUCAUUGCUGCAGAGAGACCGCCAGUCGUGGCCUUGAUUUGCGGACGGGAGGGGGGCAUGGUGCGGUCUCUGCUUUGCAGUUGGCGCUUUGAGACGAAUUGUCUCUACCGAGAGUGUGUGGUUCGCAUGCGGUCCUCGCUCGAGGAUCAGGCAACUCCCAACGACUGGUUGAAGAUUAGUUUGGCCAGUCAAGGGGAGGUGAGUGAGACUCGACGGCUCUUCCAGGAAAAGGAAUUCCCGCUGCCUCCGCAGUCAGUUAAAGUUCCGGCCGUUCAUUCAGUCACCGCUUGA